CACACUUCUCUGCUUUUAAAUAAUUGUUACUGACUGUUCCGCAGAGUGAACUACUUGAAUACUUGUACAGGAAAUGUAUUAAUAUUACCGUUUUUUCAUUAACAGAGAUUACAACCUAGUCACCAUUGAUGUAGAAAAUUUCACUGCUGCUCAAGCAACGAUGACUCGGAGGAUACACUUGUUACUAGUGUCAACCACCGCGUUUCUGUUCAUGACCAUUCUAUCAUCAAGCCUUACACAAGGAGCAGAAAGAUCUGUGUAUAUCAUUGAAUCUCCUCUGUUUGAUUUCUUCAUGGCACCAAACAUGACCUUUGACCGAGGAAGCGCAAAGGUUAUUCUCCCAGGACUGAAUAAUUGCAGCUGCCGAUCAGCUUGCUUCACCUAUGGUGAUGGAUGCAAGGCCUGGUCAAUUGUUUCCUUGGGGAAUGGGUUGACUGAAUGCCGAAUUGCUGACGAAGGACCCAUGACACUUGUGCCGUACAAAAACGAAAGCUCCACAUACUUCUUCAAGAUGUCUAGUGUGCCUGGAACAUACAAAUGGGAAGCAGACAACCUUCUUUACGUAGCACUGACCAGUAAUAUGACUACCCAAGAUGCAAAGGCCAACUGUGCAAAAAUUCCUGGUCACAGACUGAUCAUCGUUAAAUCAAAAGCAACCUACGACCACUUCCUUGCUCGUGCAGCAGGUAAUGGGGUACCAUUUUGGGUUAUGGACCUCAACAAGAUAAAUGGAAAUGAAACGGUUUGGGGAGAUGGAACGCUUCCCGAUCUGGCAAUCGUUACCAUAGAUCUCAAUAAUCCUAAUGAACUGACUUUUGUAUUGUACGCGGGUCGAAUCGAAGAUGCAGCCGAAUAUCAAGGACCCUUUCGAGUGCUUUGCCAAGCAAACCCACUUGGGGUUGGAUGGUAAAGGUUAUUCAGCAGUAUACAUGUACACUCAAAGUCACAAACUCCAGCAAAAGUUCCCAAGCCAACUCAGGACAUAACAUCUUAUUUGAGAUACAAGGGAAUUAGCCUGUUUUGAAGACCUGAACAGGAAUAACAGCUAAAAUAUCUGAACCUUUCUUGUGACUAUUCGAUAAUGUUACCAGCAAAAGUAUGAAGAAACCUGAAACUAUUUAAUCCUGCUUCAUCAGCGUCUUAAAAGAUAUAAUUCUGGAAGCAUUUUGAAGUCAUAAAUUCGUAAUGGUGAGAGCAAGAGGCUAUUCAAGUAUUCCAGGAUACCGGGACAGACACUGAAGUAUACUGACGCGCUCUAAAAAUGGGUAAAUCGAAGAGAAUUAACAGAUAAAAGGACAAUUAAAAUAGCAAUAAACUCCUGUUCACUGAAUCAAAUAAGGAAAUAAAACUCAAAAAUGACUAAAACCACUUGUUAAGACUUAAUCUUUUGAUCAUUAAC